CAUCGUGGAUGAGAGAGGGCAUUGAUAGUAUUCUGAAAGCAGGUCGCGCGCUCAGACGAUGGCCGGAGCGCCGGCCGAUGCGCAGGGCAGCACCACGCUCAAAGCACUCGCCCCUGACAAGAUCUCCACUUGCAUCCUGCAAUCCACCCACCUGCGGCGUAACUCCGCCCACACCGAGUGGGCUAUCUGGCGUCUUGGAUGUUGGAAGUGGUGCGAUCGUCGGGGGAGGUAGGAAGGAGGACACUGUAGUUGGGUUUAGUGUGGUGGCGCAAUUGCAUGUGAGGCGCGUUCUUGGUGCGAUGCUGGAGGUUUAGUUCGAUGCAGGGGUGCGUUGAUCAUGGUGGAAGUUGGUUGCUGGGCUGCCUGUCGAUGGAGGUUGGUGCACUGUAGGUACUGAUGGUUCGGAGGAUUUGAAACGUGGAUCAUCACCUUGUCGAGUGAUGCAGCUCCAUUGCUCUCUUCGUGACUUCGAGUUCGUUAUUUGUGCGGCAGUCGGUUUUUACUGUCGCAUGGCGGUAUCCGAUGUCUUGGCAUGUCUCUGCAAGUUUGUCGGUUGUUUGGACCUGGAAUAGACCGCACUCUCUUGGUUGCAUCUCUCCCGUAGCCUGACGCGCGCGCGCGCGCGCACACACACAUACACACCCUCCUCCGCUCCCUUUUUGUUUAUGCCUACUCACCAUAGCCUUUUUAUUCAAUUGGUUGGAAAUAUCUCUUUUUGGAUGAUAGUAGUGCUCUAUGGGAUCUUCGCGCUUCCUGUUCGGGAUGAUGGUUUUCAACAGUUGUGGACCAUAUCUUUGAGAGACUUGUCUAUUCUGUCUUUCGUCCGUCUUUGUUUUAUCAUCAUUUAUCCUGCACUACUUUUGGAACAUUGUUGUUGCAAGGGAAAUUUUCAUUUUGAUGUAAUGGAACCUCUAGUGGUCACUGUAUCCGAGAGCAUGCCACGGUAUGCUACUGUGAACAAAAUGCCGGUAGAUGUCUUUGUCGAUUUAGAUGUUUAAAAUACUCUAAUAGUUCUCGUUCUCGUACUGUCUUUAUGUUGUCAGAUUGUAACUAAGGGCCCAAAGGAUCUGUCCCUCAAAAUUCCAACUGCCAAAACCACGGGUGAGCUUCUGGAGAAUAUGCCAUCUGCAAUGGCAGCAUUCGAUUCUCACCUUGAUAACGCAAUUCGAAGUUCAUCAAUGCUGCAAGAGGUUCAAUCCAUUGUUAUCGACAACCCACAUAUCCCACCAAUUUCAAAUGCCGUGCAAGAUACAAGCAGUGAUCGUUGAGUGAUUUGGCAAUCUUUCUGGAGUCCGUAUUCAUUACUGGGAGAUGUGGUUUUUGGGACAGUGAGCACCGUGUUCAUCCAUUUGGGACUCUCUCAUCGUUCCCUCAUUCAUGCCAUAGUCAUUGGGAAAGUUCCUGCUACUUCGGACCACAUGCGGAUAGCUUACUAACAAAAACUUAAGCGGAUUCUUCAGAUCUUUGUCUACUUUAGUUCGUUCUUGCAUGAUAGUGCUCUAGACAGCCCGUUUCAGUUGGUUUUAGGCGCUUUUACGAUUAGAAAGCUCUUUAGAGGAUUUCAGAAUGUGUGGGUGCGGCCUGCAUCUUUCAUGAACGAGGGCGCUUAAUCGCAACUUGAAUUCAGUUUUUGCUCAUUACCCUGAGAUUCUCUUCGACCUGAAGUUGCGAGGGCAGAGUGACACAUCUCUUCGGGAAAUUGAAGGAAAAACUGCUUAAGUCGAAAGCAGGGUCCCCUGAGUCAAUUGUUUCAGCAAUUGCAGUGUUGUGCAGGCAAUGGGCUUAUCCUGGUCAUGGGAUAGACAUCAUUCAAGCCCCUUUAAAUUUAGUAGGAGAUUGCUAUGGGUAUAGGAGGUGGGAACAGUGGUAGCGUCCCACCAGCACUUUCGCAACCCCCAAGGUGUCCUGUGCCAGUAAAUAUUUCUAGCGUAUCGCCCUUGCAGUACGGUCGGGAUGCUGUAAGCUUGCGAAACUCACUAUCUGUUCCAGCAUUUUCAACAUAUUUGAAGGUUGAUCCUCCUGUUGAAAGUUCUGGUAAUGGAGCGAGCACUGUGCCGGUUGCACCAAACCUCACCCCAUUACAGACUAGAGAGGGGUUUCCUCCUCGAGUGCCCAAGUCCAGCAAGACUGGAGCAACUGGGGGUCUACCAUCCAGUCCUAACUGGUGGUUUCCAGUGAAAGCAGCCACUGGAUUUCUCUGUGCCGCAGUUUUGUUACUAUAUUUUGGGUUUCUUUUGGGGCAGUCGUAUUGGAAGACAGAUGCACUUCAAUACGCUAUAGUGAUCGAUGGCGGAAGUACUGGUACUCGAGUGCAUGUUUACGCUUGGGCGCACUCACCGAAAGACUCUCUUCCUGUGAUGGUUAAACCUACUUACAGCCGUGAUGAUAGUGCUCCGUGGUAUAGGGUUCCUGGGCAACAGCGGGCCUACAAACGUGUGGAAACAGAACCUGGAUUGGACAAAACACUGAAUGAUGAGAUAGCUGUACAGCACGCACUCCAGCCUCUAUUAGACUGGGCGGAGAAGCAGAUACCUCCUUAUGCCCGUGGAUCAACAAGAUUGUUCCUCCUAGCUACUGCCGGAUUGCGGAGGUUGCCUAGAACCCAGAGUGACUCUAUUCUCGAUAGUGCAUUUUCGGUUCUUCAGAGAUCUCCUUUCAUGUGCCAACGUAAGUGGGUGAAAGUCAUAAGUGGUGUAGAGGAAGCAUAUUACGGUUGGAUAGCUCUCAAUUACAAUCUGGGUCGAUUGGGUCAUACGUCUAAGGUGCCAAGUGUUGGGACAUUGGAUCUCGGGGGUUCUUCGUUUCAAGUAACCUUCGAGCCAGAAGGGGUCACUCAAGCGUACGGUGUGAAUAUCAGUGUUGGAACUACAGAUCACAAUCUUUAUGCGGUUUCCCACGCGGGAUAUGGACUGAAUGACGCAUUUGAGAAAUCAGUAGCGCAGUUAUUGCGGCCACAAGCGUCAGGAUAUAGUGCGGUUGUAGCGGCUACGAAUGGACUGGUAGAGCUGGAGCACCCUUGUUUACAUAAAGGUUACAGGAGACCCUAUGUGUGCUCCACUCAUUGUAUGUUGCCACCUUUGGCAUUUGGAAGUCAAAGUGAUGGCUUGAGGGACCGAGUUGCCCAGGUGGAGUUGGUAGGAGGUGCUAAUUGGAAGGCAUGUCAGGCGCUUGUCGAAAAGGUUGUAAACAGCUCACACAUGGAGAUUUGCCCUUCUGCCUCCUGCGCUCUUGGGAAAUAUCAACCAUCAUCUGAGGGUAAUUUCUAUGGGCUUGCUGGAUUUUUUGUUGUGUACAAAUUUUUUGGAUUGAAAGGUAAUGCUCCGCUAGGAAGGUUACUCAAGAAAGGACAGAAGUACUGUGAACUGAAUUGGAAAGAAGUUCAAGCGAAAGUGGGUGCGCAGCCCAGUAUUGACCAGUAUUGCUUCCGAGCCCCUUACGUCGCUGCUUUGCUACGACAAGGCUUGCACCUUCGAGAUGAUCAAGUAACAAUUGGUUCAGGAGAUUUUGCGUGGACACUUGGGGCUGCUCUAUGGGAAGCUGGUGCUCUGAUCCCUGUUCAGACAGAGGCAGAAAAGAUUGUCCAAGCCAGUUUCUCAAACACUCGGAUUGCUGUCUCAGUUGCACUCCUUCUGUUGUUAUUUCUCAUUCUUGGAAUUAUUACCCGCCAUCUGCUUAGAAUACUGCGGCCACGACGUCGGUCCUAUUCAUAUUUGCCCCGCUUCAAUUCUUUGACAUCUGCUCCAGGUGGCCCUCACUGGAUACAACUCCCGUUGAGGACACACGGGCGUCUCGGCGGCCUCACGGUGAAUGGCUUUGGACGUGGUGAGCUAGGUGAUGAUGGAGUCAAGAUGCCACAUAGUCCAGUUCCGGAUGUACAUGGCCUUCACAAUCCAGCUUUCGGCUCCGUAGCAUUUAAUGGCUCCAUUAUCGAUCGCGAGGGUGUACAGUUAUCAAUCACUGGCAUUGGAGCUACGGCACCUGACCGUCAUCAGAAAUCAACUGGGAAAGUUCAGCACAAAGGAGGCUAUCUGCAGAGUCGACGGACCCAGUCCCGCGAAGAUCUUAGUUAUUGCGUCUCAGACCUCCAUGGUGCUAGAGUCUGAGAAAGUGAGUUUCGCUUUGCCAACGGCUUUCACCAUUUUGUAUUUUAUAAAUCAUAACAUCUACCACUCUUUCAACCCA